GGCCAGGCAUCAAAAAGGCUCUGCAGAGUGAGCAGGCUAUCGCAGCUGCCUGCCUCUGUGUCCAGCAGUCAGUCAGCCAGCUUGCGCCGGUCCCUUCUGCCUGCCCCAGACGGGCACCAAACAACACUCUGCUUAGAGAGGCCUUGUUCUCCAGCGUGAUUGCGCCGACACUGCUCUGUGGUUUUCUCUACUUGGUGUGGGUUGCUGCUGCAGUUCCAGAGGAGGGCAGAGGGAUGGCUGAGAGUGGAGCCAGGAGCCGGGAGGGCCGUCGGGAGCAUGCCUUCAUCCCGGAGCCCUUUGAUGGAGCCAACGUAGCCCCACACCUCUGGCUGCACCGCUUCGAGGCUAUCAAUGACCUCAACCAUUGGGACCAUGUCACCAAACUAAGGUUCCUGAAAGAGUCCCUCAGGGGAGAUGCCCUGGAGGUCUACAGUGGACUCAGCCCCAAGGACCAGGAAGACUAUGGGGCUGUGAAAGAGACCCUCCUGAAGGCCUUCGGGGGGCCCGAGGCCACCCACAGCCACCUGCCCAAGGAGAUCGUCUUUGCCAACAGCAUGGGUAAGGGCUACUACCUCAAGGGGAAAAUUGGCAAAGUGCCCGUGAGGUUCCUGGUAGACUCGGGGGCCCAGGUCUCUGUGGUCCACCCCAACUUGUGGGAGGAGGUCACAGAUGGUGACUUGGACACUCUGCGGCCCUUUGAGAAUGUGGUAAAAGUGGCCAAUGGGGCUGAAAUGAAGAUCCUGGGCAUUUGGGAUACAGUGGUGUCCCUGGGCAAGCUGAAGCUGAAGGCAGAGUUCCUAGUGGCCAAUGCAAGUGCUGAAGAAGCCAUCAUUGGUACCGAUGUGCUCCAGGACCACAAUGCCGUCCUGGACUUCGAGCAUCGCACGUGCACCCUGAAGGGGAAGAAGUUCCGGCUCCUGCCUGUUGGAGGGUCCCUGGAAGAUGAGUUCGACCUGGAGCUCAUAGAGGAGGAGCCCUCCUCAGGGGAGGGGGGACAGCAGCUCUCCUACUGAGAAGCCCCCUUUUCUUUACCCCCCCAAACAUUGGUUGGAAGACCCACCACAAUGGAGGGGAAGGGCAGAUAUCCUCACUGGGGUCACUGGGUUUUGCCAGCCCUCUGGGUUUUGCCUCCUCCUCUUUGCAGGGGCCUUAAGCUGCUGCUGGUGGGGGAGGCUUCUAUCUGAAAAGGCACAGGUGAGGGAGAACAGGCUGGCCAUCUCAGUGGGAGGGAGAGUCCUCGUGGUGGUCAAGCGGUUAUUGCUGCCAAAGAUUUAAGGCUGGAAGAAGGUUCCAAGAAGGCUAGAAGUGAUUGUCUUGGAGAGAGAACUGGGGCACCCCGUCAGAUCGAUCCCCUGAGUUACGGCUCAGUCACCUUGAGGUGCAUGCAGUUUAUUUCAGCUGGGCUGGGUCCUGGCUGCAAGAUCCUCACAGGCAAGACCCAGUGCUUGCGGAUGAGGGUCACAGCUGCUCUGGGAUUCUUUCCUGUUGGGUCUUCCCACCUACCUGUAUGAUGUAGUUUCCUUCUGUCAUUGCUUUGAAACCCAUCGAGCCUUAUGCCAAUAAUUCAUUACUUCAAAAACCAAUAAAAAUUGACUCAUGGAAAAACCA